UGAGUUUUACAGACACAUUUCACUUGUUACAUAUGAUGACGUGGUUUGGGAGAAAAGUAUUUUUAAAGGAAAUGCUGACUUUCUUUGCUAUUCGGUACACAUCUGGGCCAUUUCUAGAAUCCUCUAUUAUCUCGAACAGUGCAGCUGAUUUUGAUGUUUGAGGAAAGCCCGCAGGUAAAGAUCAGUCUUGAUGCGGCGGGCAUCUGCUCCACUGUGUUGUCCAUCUCGUCCCGCUCCUCCUUGUGUAGAUAGUAGACACUUAACCCUGCCUUUCACACUUCCAAGAUGUGAAUUGCAUUUCUGGGCCACUUGAGGAGGAAUACGGGGGCUUUUCCAAAACCUUUUCAGAAGAGAGCUGUCUUCGAGAGAAGAUAGUGGUCCGUGGCCCCAGAGGGACAGACUAGUAGAUACAGGUGGCCCCAGGAAGCCGCCUGGCGCGUGUGUGCGAUAUCUGCGCUUGUGAUAGGUCAGGAAGGACACUUGUAAAAUUCUAGUGUUGAUUUUCUUUUUAACCAAACAGAAGAUAACCUUUUUAUUUUAACUGGACAAAAAGCAAUAAGCAUUCAUUGUGAAGACAAAUUUGGAGCUUUUAGUAUAGUUUUAAAUUUUCAGAAAAAUCCACAUUGCUUUGUAUUUCUUUGUAUUAAAAAAUACGGGAUAGCAAUCAUGAUUGUGAGCUGAUGAAUUGGGACUGGAAUUUUAAUGCCGCUGCACACAAGCCUAGCUCCGAGGGUAACCUGUGGUUACUGUGCCCCCACUAAGCCUUCCAUGUUGAGGUGGCUUUGCAAGGUGGGUGGGGCAGCGUUGAUCUGAUUCCUACCGUGGAGACCUGUGCCUGUCUCCUCGAUAAAGAGACUUCUGUGGGGGCUAGGUGUGGUGCUCAGAUCCUAUUUAAAGGCAUUCUGUUUUUUUUUAAACUUGGAAAAAAUUUUGCAUUAAAUUCCCAGGAAACUCCAGCAGAUAAACAUGUACUCCUGUAGAUGAACUUACUGUCUUUAAUUUUAUCAUGUUAGGUGUAAGGUAGAGGUGAGAUUAGUUUAAUGGAAACAAUAUAUUAGGUAAGACUGAGCAUGUUCAUUCAUGAUUGACUUGAGGAGAUUCCUUCCCCCAAGUUGGCUUCUGUUUCCCUGAGGCCCCUGAAGGAAGUAUGUACACAUGACUGAUGCCAGGAAGGAAGGUCUAUCCAGGAAAACGGUGAACUAAAAAUUGAGAGCAAGAUUGAAGAGCAGGUGCACUCUCUGAGUCAAUAUUUGCCCCAUUUUAUAAGGAUGUGAUAUAUCAAAGCAAAUUCUGCCUGAAAGAUUGUUGAGCCAUUAAGAGAGAAAAUCAGAGACUUGGAAAAAAGUGAAUGGAAGAAAAUGACGAGUCAAAGAUGGUGCCAGUGUUUCCACCACUGUCCGAAGGAGUAGUUGUGCCAGUGAGCAGCUUCACCCAGAAAUACCCGCCAGUCAAAUUUUUAUCAGAAAAGGACCGUAAGCGAAUUUUGAUAACCGGAGGUGCAGGGUUUGUGGGUUCCCACCUAACUGACAAGCUAAUGAUGGAUGGCCAUGAGGUGACAGUGGUGGACAACUUCUUCACGGGCAGGAAGAGAAACGUGGAACACUGGAUUGGCCACGAGAACUUUGAGCUCAUUAACCACGACGUUGUAGAACCACUCUACAUUGAAGUUGACCAGAUAUAUCAUCUGGCGUCUCCGGCUUCCCCUCCGAACUACAUGUACAAUCCCAUUAAGACGUUAAAGACCAAUACAAUCGGGACUUUGAAUAUGUUGGGGCUGGCAAAACGAGUUGGCGCACGUCUUCUCCUAGCCUCCACCUCUGAGGUGUAUGGAGAUCCUGAAGUCCACCCUCAAAGUGAAGAUUACUGGGGCCACGUGAAUCCAAUAGGACCACGAGCCUGUUACGAUGAAGGCAAGCGUGUUGCAGAGACCAUGUGUUAUGCCUAUAUGAAGCAGGAAGGAGUUGAAGUGCGAGUGGCGAGAAUAUUCAACACCUUUGGGCCACGCAUGCAUAUGAAUGAUGGGCGGGUUGUCAGCAACUUUAUCCUGCAGGCCCUCCAGGGGGAGCCACUCACAGUGUAUGGAUCGGGAUCUCAGACGAGGGCAUUCCAGUACGUGAGUGACCUUGUGAAUGGGCUGGUGGCUCUGAUGAACAGCAAUGUCAGCAGCCCUGUCAACCUGGGGAACCCAGAAGAACAUACGAUCCUAGAAUUUGCUCAGUUAAUUAAAAACCUUGUUGGUAGUGGGAGUGAAAUUCAGUUUCUCUCUGAAGCCCAGGAUGACCCACAGAAAAGAAAACCAGACAUCAGGAAAGCAAAGCUGAUGCUGGGGUGGGAGCCUGUGGUCCCACUGGAAGAAGGUUUAAAUAAAGCAAUUCACUACUUCCGCAAAGAACUUGAGUACCAGGCAAAUAAUCAAUACAUCCCCAAACCCAAACCUGCAAGAAUAAAAAAAGGACGGACACGCCAUAACUGAACACCUCAGUCCCUGGGACAGGAGGCUCCCUGAUUACACUUGAUGGGAUGUAUUUUUGUUUGUUUUCCUUUUUAUGUUUUUAUUUUUGAAGAAGAAGAAGACUUAAACAGGUGUCAUGAAGAACGAACUGGAAUUUCAUUCUGAAGCUUGCUUUAAAGAAAUGGAUGUGCCUAAAAACUCCCCUCAAAAAACUGCAGAUUUUGCCUUGCACUUUUUAAAAUCUCUCUUUUUAUGUCAAAUAGGAUAGAUGCAUCUUUGCGUAUUUUCAAGUUUUUUAUCUUGCCGUGAGAGCAUAUGUCGUGACUGUCAUUGACAGUUUUAUUUACUGGUUUCUUUGUGAAGCUGAAAAAGAACAUUAAAUGGGAUGAAAAAAUGCCAAUUUUAUUUAUAAACGUGGGUCCCUAUAAAUGAGCGUUACACUAUGCAUAAAGAAAAGAAAAAACUCGCAGUGUGGUCAGGUGGGCGGCGCACCAGCGUCUGUUGUUCAGGCCGAUGAAAGAAUUCUGUUUGAGAGCUUUGUUUCUUUCAAUUCAGAAUUUUUCCAAGGUCUAGUUUUUAGUUGCACACUUGACUUUGAAAUACUGCUGUUGGUUAUCAUGAUUAAGGACAUUUGGAAUCACUACUGUGUCGUGCUGCGUGUUCUGGGGGAAAAAAAGUUAACGUAUUUCCUGGUUAACAGUGGUUGAAUAUGCUAUUUUAAUAAAAUAUUGAAACUUA